AUGACUCUAUCAGAAAGUUCCAAUUUGGUAAUCGAUGAAUGUAUAAUUUUCUGGAAAAAGGCCCGUAUCCCAACAAAAGAUAAAGCUGAUUGUGUGAAGAAUUUAAAAAAAAAAUACGAAUUAUGGCGCAAUCUUGAAAAGAGUAAACAUCGCGAAAAUGAAAGUUACAAAUCAAAAGUUCAAGAGUUUGAAGAAGAUUUGGAUAAACUAUUCGACAUAGCUCAUUCUAAUGCUUUAAAAUUAAUGAAAAUUGAGGUCGACAAAGCAUUUUUAAUUGCUCAGCGAAAUCCCGGUCGUCCAGGUUGCAUGUUAGGAGUAGAUAUGAAUCAAACAAAUAAAGAAAAAAGAAAAAAUGUAAGAAUAGAAACGGAAAUUGCAAAAAAAAAGAAAUACAAUUCUCAAAUUUCAGAAUCCGCCACAGUUGAGAUACCAACAUAUUAUUCAAGUUCAGAUGAAUCCGAAAAUGUUAGCGAGGAAAGUGAUGUUCAUUCAGAUAACCGUUGUCCUGGCCCAUCUGGAUCCAAAAGGGCCAAUAAAUCAAUAAUGACACCACGGCUUUGUGCAGCAUUAGAUAAGUGCAAGGUUAGUGAUCGGGAUGCUGUACAUUUAUUGUCAGCAUUUAUUGAAAGUGUUUCUUUGGACCCGGCUCUUUUUGUAAUCAACCGAACAUCUAUAAAAAAUGCACGACAAAGUGUUAGAGAAGAAAACGCGGAAAAUGUGCGGUCAGAUUUUUUAAAUUUGAAUGUAGAUUUUGCCAUUGUUCACUGGGAUGGUAAAAUACUUCCCGUUUUUGGAGGAUACGGAAAAGUCGAUCGUUUGCCUAUAAUUGUAACAGGUCCUAAUUUUGAGCAACUUCUUGGCGUUCCCCAAAUCCCAUCUGGUACAGGAUUAGAAAUGUCAUCUGCUAUAUUCGAUACUCUUGAAAAAUGGUCAUUACUUGAUAAAGUUCAGGGAUUUGUAUUUGACACGACGUCUUCAAAUACAGGGAGACUCAAUGGAGCUUGUGCUCUGCUAGAACAACGACUGGGAAGAGAUGUUCUUCACUUAGCAUGUCGUCAUCAUAUUUUUGAGUUGAUUCUUCAAGCAGCUAUAGUUGAAUCAAAGUUACAUAUAUCAUCCGGACCGGAUAUUGCAGUUUUUAUGCAAGAAAAACAACCAAGAGAUGACUAUGAAGAAUUUUUAAAACUUGUAAUUAUUACACUUGGUGAAACACCACCAGGUGGAAUAAUAAUUCGUAAGCCUGGUGCAUGUCAUCAAGCCAGGUGGAUGGCUAAAGUAAUUUAUUGUUUGAAGAUCUUUUUGCUAAGAUUAGAAUUAAAGUUGACAAAAACCGAAGAAAAUGCAAUCUGCCGAGUCUCUGCGUUCAUUAUAAAAAUUUAUAUCAAGUCAUGGUUUACGGCAACGAAUGUAAGUGAGGCCCCUUUAAACGAUAUUGAUUUAAUAGGUAGAUUAUUUGAAUAUUCGAUUGAUGAUGAGCAUAUAGCUACAUCAUGCUGUGAGAGUUCGUCGCUUUUUAGAGCUCCGAAAACCACCCAUGACGAAAGGGGAACACUUUCGUCAUGA